CUACACUAUGAUUGUCUAGUAAUUUGUGUUCUUAUGUUUUCCAAUUAGAUUAUGAUAUCUCUAGCUAUUUUUGUUCCAUGUAUAUGUCACACCAUCGUACUUUAUUAUUCUUUUCCAAUUAAAAUUUAUCUUCUAUAUUUUUUCCAUUUAAAAUAUUAACUUAGGGGAAUUUCAUUAUCUACCUUUUGAAGCAAGUCUUUAUUUAUGUACCCACUAGACAGUAAUUGGCAAAUUGAUAACUAUGCAAUUAUUUUCUAGGAUAACUCAAAAAUAAAUAAUGGUGUUUCAACGUUGCAAUAAUAACUUGUAGAAUGAGCACUAUCUUCAUAUUUGAUUAGGCAUAUGGAAUUCGGAAGCUUGUUUUUCUAACUUAUAGAUGGCAAUCGAUAUAGUUAAGCUAAAGAUCUUCGUCUGGCAAAUCCUCAACCGUCUAUUGCCUACUACUGAGGCUUUGAUUGAGAAAGAGGUUGACGUCCUCCCUAGAUGUCCGGUGUGUUGGGCUGAAUCUGAAACUUUGGAACAUUUGUUUCGGGAUUGUUCAGUGGCCCGUGCCCUCUGGGAUAUGACCGGCCUGCAACACCUUGGGGAAGGAUUGCCAAGAUGUAAUUUCCCUCUUUUCCUAAAAACCCUGUUGGCUAGGAUUCGUCAACCACCAGUUGUUAUGGUCAUUGUCUCGGUCCUCUGGCGGAUUUGGCGAUCUCGGAACUAGGUGGUGUUUGAGGGAAAGCAGUUUGCGUUUCAGUCCCUGCUACGGCAAUAUGAGCAACAGGUUUGGGAAUGGACUUCUCUGCCUAAAAACGAUUCAGCCAUCAUCCCUGGGGGUGCAGUCCCAUCCCUUUUCCUUGAGGGUAUGGGUGUGGCUGUCUGUGUGUGGGAUGGGGCUACCAAAAGUGAAUCGCACUCUGCAGGGGGAUGGUUAUCUUGACCCCUGCUAGGGAAAUCCUUUUGGCUCAAGGAGUCCAGUUUGAAGGCUUAGAUGAUCCAAUGGUGGCAGAGUUGCUUACUCUUCGAGAGGGCGUGUCUUGGGUCAGGGGCCUUGGUUUUAUGGAGAUGAGAUUUGAAGGUGAUGCCAAAGUGGUGAUUGAGAAGAUUCUGCGGCGUGAUACUCGGGAUAACCAAGUGGGAGCUAUUCUUGAAGAAGUUAUUCAUUUGCUUGGUUUGAAUCCGGGGUUCAGUCUGCGAUUUGUAGGUCGGCGUAACAAUAGGGUAGCUCAUGUAGUAGCUAGGAAAGCCCUGUCCUUGUUUUCGACUGCAAGUCGCUCUUUUGAUUUUCAGAUCUGGCUGUCCUCCAGGAUGUAAUUAUCUGUGUUUCAAUCUAUAUAUAUGAUUAUCUUUUGUAAAAAAAAAAACAUAAGCAAUGGCAGAAUCAAUAACAAAUUAAAGCUAGUUAUGCAUGCCUGACCAAUGACUGCAACAUCUUCCACGUACAUACUUGAUCAAUGACGGCAACAUAAGCAACUAGCUUAUAACCCGGUCCAUUGGCCGGAAUGUUCUUAUUUGAUUAUUUAUAUUUUUAUGUUAUGUUUAAGCCAACCGGUUUAAUUUUAUUGACAAUCCUUCGAUCGAGAUGAUACACAAAGAAAGAAUAUAUAGGUCUAACAUUUGGAGAAAUACCAUCAUCAUUUAAGAAUAUAAAUAUAAAAUGUAUCAUUAAUCCAUUUUCAUAAUAAUAAUUAAGCCCUCGUUAAAAUACUAUUGGUUAGUUGAUUGUCAAGAAAGAGGGUAUAAAAGCUCAGUGAAAUUCCACACGACCAUUAGAUAGUUUGAAACUAAAUCACCUCACAAUCUUACAUAAGGGUUUAAUGCGCUCCAUUAAUGAAUAAUAUGCCACUAAUAAAAAAGAAAUGGAGAGUUGUUGAUUCAAGUCAACUAUAUACUAACAACUCAGCUAAGAGGGGACCAUCAAAACUUGAGAGCAAACGACAAAAUAGGGUUAUCUAAUAGACUCAAUCAAAGUAAUAAUGCACAAAAUUACACACUCCUUGUCUAUCAAUUCCAGUAGGUUGAAUAAAGAAUCGACCUACUUCAAUAAAUCAAUCAAUGAUUCAUCGUUUUAAGAUAGAAAUAGGUUGUGAUAGAUGUAAAAACCAUAAACAUAAAGAUCCAAUAGCCACCACUCUUCGUUGUACAAUCAAAUUUUUAUCUCAAGAGACAUAUGUUUCAACCAAAAAUUCAAUUUCGAAUCCUCCUUCUGCAACUCCAUUAUUGAUUAAACUCUUUUACUUGCCCAACUUAAAUCCCCAACAAUAAAACCGCGUGCCAAGAGAUACCGGAUGAUCGAUUUUCAAAGGCGGCCUUGUACUAGGAAGUGAAAGGGGCACAAACUAUUGUACGAUGGAGGAAAUUUUCGAGGAAGUUAGAAAGAGAUAAAAACAAAGAUAAAAAUCACAAAAUUUAAAUUGAAAAAUGCAAGGACACAACACUUAGUGACAAAUUAGUUUUUUCCAUGUUAGCCAAUUACCAAUUUACCUUUAGCAAAAAUUAAGGAGAGAGAAAGAAUUUUAAAAUUGUGAAAAUUACAUGAAACUCUACUAUGAAAAUUGAAGUAUCAAGCACCAUAUGAAUACAUACGGUAUACUUAGUGGGCUUGCUAAUCAUGAUGGAAAGUCCUAUGAUUUUCGGAAAGUUGAAUUUCGUGUAUAUUUUGUAUUCAAAAUGACACAACAAAUUUGUUCAGUGUAAAUGGUUGUGAUUGUUGUCUUUGUUUGAAGAGACCCGGGUUUAAAUCCUGAUGUUGAUAUUUUUAAUGUGAGAUAAAUAAUUAAUUGUAAAGACAAAAAUGUCCUUCCUAUUUUCACUCUCGUUGCAGGAAAUUUGAAAUAGAGAAAAGUACACAGAUUUGUACUAUAUAUUAUUGGGGAUGGCAGAACCAAUAAAAAAUGUAAGCUAGUUAUAGCUCAUUUCAAUUCAUUGGCCGAACGAAAUCAAUGAAAAGAUUAAAAAAAAAGAGAGAUUUGAUUGAACAUUGUGAAAGUGAGAGAAAGAGAAAAAAUUAUAGUUAAUAUAUUUAUGGGCUACUUUGGUCACUUGAAAUACUAGUAAAGUUCACGUUAGCCACUAGAAUUACUUUAUAUCAUCUGUAGUAACUUAAAUUAGUUUAACAAUUCAAGUUUGGUCACUCUCAAGGGCAUAGCCAGGAUUUUAUCAAGGGUGGGUCCAUUUUUAAAAAAAUUACAUACGAUAAAAUAAUUUUGUUAGC